CACUCUCUUUCUCUUUCUCUCUGUCCUUUGUUGGCUUCUAAAAAACCAAGUUCUAUCACUCACUCUUUUACUCUGUCCCUCACAAACACUGAGGCCAAAGCGCCUUAGAUCUGAAACCCACAAACCCCAAUAACUCUUAGCUCCAAAGAAACCAUCUUUGGGACCUGGACAGUUGUGUAUGUUGUCCACUUAAGUGGUCCUUCUUGCUCGUCAAUAAGGUUGGGUUGUAGUGUUGACGUGAAUGGCGGUGACAGAUGCGCAAAAUCCCCUUCUUGGAGAAACCACAUGUGGUUCUUUGCUGCAGAAACUGCAGCAAAUAUGGGAUGAGGUUGGGGAAAGUGAUGAGGAAAGAGACAAGAUGCUUCUUCAGUUAGAGCAGGAUUGCUUGGACGUAUACAAGAGGAAGGUUGAACAGGCUGCAAAGUCUAGAGCACUGCUUCUUCAGGCCUUGUCAGAUGCCAAACUUGAACUUUCCAGUCUUCUAUCAGCCCUUGGAGAGAAAAGUUUCGCUGGAAUUCCCGAUAAGACUUCAGGAACUAUCAAGGAACAGCUUGCAGCUAUAGCACCAGCACUUGAACAGUUGUGGAAACAAAAAGAGGAGAGAAUUAAGGAGUUUUCUGAUGUACAGUCACAGAUUCAAAAGAUAUGUGGAGAAAUUGCUGGGACCUUGAACCUUAGCGAUCAGGCAGGGACUCCUGCUGUUGACGAAGCUGACCUAUCCCUGAAAAGGUUAGAUGAAUAUCAUGGCCAACUUCAAGAACUUCAAAAGGAAAAGAGUGAGAGGUUGCACAAGGUUCUUGAAUUUGUGAGCACUGUCCAUGAUCUUUGUGCUGUCCUUGGAAUGGACUUCUUCAGUACUGUUACCGAGGUUCAUCCAAGCUUAAAUGACUCUACAAGUGUCCAAUCCAAAAGCAUUAGCAAUGAUACUCUAUCUAGGCUGGCUAAGACAGUCUUAGCACUGAAAGAAGAUAAGAAGCAGAGGCUCCACAAGCUCCAAGAGUUGGCAACUCAACUAAUUGAUCUGUGGAAUCUGAUGGAUACCCCCGUGGAAGAAAGGAGUUUAUUUGACCAUGUUACCUGCAACAUAUCUGCUUCAGUAGAUGAAGUGACCGUUCCAGGGGCCCUUGCUCUAGAUUUGAUCGAGCAGGCUGAGGUGGAAGUUGAAAGGCUUGAUCAACUGAAAGCAAGUAGAAUGAAGGAAAUUGCUUUUAAGAAGCAAACAGAGCUUGAAGAUAUAUUUGCCCAUGCUCAUAUAGAAAUAGAUCCUGAGGCUGCUCGAGAAAAGAUUAUGGAACUUAUUGACUCUGGUGAUGUUGAACCUGCUGAAUUACUGGCUGACAUGGAUAAUCAGAUAGCAAAUGCGAAAGAUGAGGCUCUCAGCAGAAAAGAUAUAUUGGACAAGGUUGAGAAGUGGAUGUCAGCCUGUGAAGAGGAGAGUUGGCUUGAAGACUACAAUCGGGAUGAAAACAGGUACAAUGCAAGCAGAGGCGCACACUUAAACCUCAAGCGUGCAGAAAAAGCCCGGAUUUUGGUGAACAAAAUUCCAGCACUCGUUGAGACAUUGGUUACCAAAACUCGGGCAUGGGAAGAAGAACGUGGCAUACCAUUUACUUAUGAUGGUGUUCCUCUUCUUGCCAUGCUAGAGGAAUAUGCCAUGCUCAGGCAUGAACGAGAAGAAGAGAAACGGAAGAUGAGGGAUCAGAAGAAGUUCCAUGAGCAGCAAAAUACAGAACAAGAAGCUAUAUUUGGUUCAAGGCCCAGCCCUGCUCGACCUGCUGGCACAAAGAAGGUAGUGGGUCCUCGUGCAAAUGGUGGUGGUGGUGCCAAUGGAACCCCCAGCAGACGGCUAUCUCUUAAUGCUCAUCAAAAUGGGUCCAGGUCAACAACAAAAGAUGGAAAGCGGGAUAAUACUAGACCAGUUGCCCCUGUGAACUACGUUGCUAUAUCAAAAGAAGAUGCUGCCUCCCACGUUUCUGGUUCUGACCCAGUUCCGGUUUCUCCAUGAUGAUAAUAAGAGAUGGAUAGAGAGAGUGAGAGUGAGAGAGAGAGAGAGAGAGACAGAUCUGUAGGUUACUGAUUACAACUUUGUCGUGUUACUGUUGUUACUACUUACUUACUAGUUUGUGCUGUAGGAAUAUGAUCUAUGAAUCAAUGAGUAAAAUUGGAGAUAAAACAAAACUGCUUGUAGCUUUGUAUGUGAUAUUGACAUUUGGAAGCUUUUUCAAUCA